GAAGCCGCGGCGGCGCGGAGCGCGGGGAGGAGAGGCGGCCAUGGACUGAGCGCCGCCGUCAUGGGGCCACCGCUCGCGCCGCUGCUUCUGCUGCCGCUUCUGCUGCCGCCGCUCCUGCCUGCCGCGCCCGCGUCGCUGGCCCGGCCGCUCCCGGGGCUGCUCGGCUGCUUACUGGAAGACGGCCUCUGCAGACCGUCCGAGACCUGUGUCAACGACGGAGUGUUUGGAAGGUGCCAGAAGGUUCCAGUGACAGACACCUACCGCUAUGAGGUGUCGCCGGGGGUCCUGAAGCACCUGACGACCACCUUGCAGAAGCUGUCCCGCACAGGUUUCACCUGGCAGGAUGACCACACCCAGCACGUGCUGGCCCAGGAGCUGUCCCACCUCCCCAGAGCCCACCUGCGGCGCCCCGGGGCUGCCCACCCUGCCAGGAGCUUAAAGCCCAGCACCGAGGAUGAAAGAAGGCACCGUCCGGAGGGCAGCCUCGCGCUGGCCAAGGCCCUUGAGCGCUACUUGCCGUACCUGGAGGUUCUGUCCCAGGCCACUGCCCCAGAUGAGCUCCCCAGGAUGCCGCAGGACGGACGGCCAGCUCAGGGUGAGGACCCCCUGGCUGACAGUGCGCUGACCUUCAUGGACCAAACGUCUGCUCUGACCUAUGCCCCUGCCUUCCGGGAGGGGCACCCCGUGGGCCACCCACUGCAGACCCUCAGCAGGCCCCAGCCUGACGACCUCAGCCCUAAGGGGGACAGAAGAGUGGACAAGCGGAAUGUCCUUGGGCAGCUGAUGUUCUACUUGGCUUACAGACCCCCCUCACCCACCAAGAAGGGCCCCCUCACGCCAUACGACCUCAUGCGCAUGCCUUGGAGAGAACCCCAGAAGCGGCUUUCGCCCCCAGAAGACCCCAACGAUGCCCCAGGCCCCGAUGAUGGAGCCCUUCUUCAGAGCCUGCUGGAGGAGCUGAGGCAGCACCAGGUCGAUGUGGAGGCGCUGAGCCCCCGGGACCCUCGACGAGGCGGCCCGCGUGCUGGCCGAGGCCGUGCGCGACCCCUGGAGAGGAGCGGGAGCACCGCCCACGGAGCCGGCUACGGGCCAGAAGCAGCGCUCUUCAAAGUUGGUGACGCGGGCAGGGCCGGCCUGCGAGGUAACGGGGAGCAGGGCAGCGAAGCUGGAGCUGGCGGAGAGGUCAACCCUGUGAGCCUCAGACUCGGGCACGCCCUGCAGGACCCCGGGUCCCAGCUCCCGCCUGGAGCCCCGCUUCCCGUGGGGAGCAAGAAGUCCGAGGACCCCGAGGCCUCCUUGUCUUCGGAGGAGGACGCCGCCGGCCUGGAGAACGUCAGGAGCCAGACCUACUCCAAAGAGCUGUGGGAGCGGCCGCCACACUGGGAGCCCAGGGUCAUCGGGGUUGGGGAGCCCCCGCGCUGGGCCCCAGAGCCCCCGAGGGAGGACCCGCGCCUCGGGGCGGGAGCUCGAGGACGCACGGGCGACGGCCUGCGACUGGAGGUCAAGUCUCCGGGGGAGGACUACGGCUACAUCGUGACGGAGAGCGACCCCCUGAGCCCAGAGAAGGGCGAGGAGUUGAUGGAGGACAUCACCCGUCUGCUCAAGGUGCCGACGAGCGUCGUCACGGACACCGAUGUCCUGGGACCGGCAGUGACCUUCAGGGUGAGCCCCAACGUCCAGAACGUGACGACGGCGGAUGUGGCGAAGGCAGCAGUGGACAACAAGGACAACCUGGAGAGAUCGUCUGGGCUGAGGAUCCUUCAAGCCGGAGUGGGGUCGAAAAGCAAACUGAAGCUCCUGCCGCCCCGUGCGGAGCCCGAGGACUCCACCAAGUUCGUCGCGCUCACCCUGCUGUCCGUGGCCGCCAUCGCGGGCGUCCUCCUGGCCUCGGGCCUCAUCUACUGCCUGCGCCACAGCUCCCACUCGCGCCUCAAGGAGAAGCUCGCGGGCCUGGCCGGCGACCCGGGCCCUGACGCCACCGCGGCCUACCAGGAGCUGUGUCGCCAGCGCAUGGCCGUGCGCACGUCCGACCGCCCGGAGGCCCCGCACGCGUCCCGCGUCAACAGCGUGUCCUCGCAGCUCAGCGAUGGGCCGCUGCCCAGCCCGUCCGCGCGGAGCAGCACCUCGUCCUGGUCCGAGGAGCCCGUGCCACCCAACAUGGACAUCUCCACCGGCCACAUGGUCCUGGCCUACAUGGAGGACCACCUGAAGAACAAGAACCGGCUGCAGAAGGAGUGGGAGGCGCUGUGCGCCUACCAGGCGGAGCCCAGCAGCUCGCUCGUGGCCCAGAGGGAGGAGAACGCACCGAAGAACCGCUGCCCGGCCGUGCUGGCCUACGACCACUGCAGGAUCCUGCUGAAGGCGGAGAGCAGCCACAGCGGCUCGGACUACAUCAACGCCAGCCCCGUGAUGGACCACGACCCCCGGAACCCCGCGUACAUCGCCACCCAGGGGCCCCUGCCCGCCACCGUGGCCGACUUCUGGCAGAUGGUGUGGGAGAGCGGCUGCGUGGUCAUCGUCAUGCUGACCCCCCUCUCGGAGAACGGCGUCCGGCAGUGCUACCACUACUGGCCCGACGAGGGCUCCAACCUCUACCACGUCUACGAGGUCAACCUGGUCUCGGAGCACAUCUGGUGCGAGGACUUCCUGGUGAGGAGCUUCUACCUGAAGAACCUGCAGACCAACGAGACGCGCACCGUGACGCAGUUCCACUUCCUGAGCUGGUAUGACCAGGGCGUGCCGUCCUCCACGAGGUCCCUCCUGGAUUUCCGCAGAAAAGUAAGCAAGUGCUACAAGGGCCGCUCUUGUCCAAUAAUUGUUCACUGCAGCGACGGCGCGGGCAGGAGCGGCACCUACAUCCUGAUCGACAUGGUUCUCAACAAGAUGGCCAAAGGCGCUAAAGAGAUCGACAUUGCCGCCACCCUGGAGCACCUGAGGGACCAGAGGCCCGGCAUGGUCCAGACAAAGGAGCAGUUCGAGUUCGCGCUGACCGCCGUGGCCGAGGAGGUGAACGCCAUCCUCAAGGCCCUGCCCCAAUGAGCCCCGCGCCGCGCCUCCCGUGCCCUCCCCGGGACGCGCCGUCCUCCCGUCUUGUCGCUGAGCCUGCCUCCCGCCAGGGUCCCAGACCCCGUAGUCCCCACAGUCAGCAGUGACAACGUGCAUUUUCAUCCGGGCCAACGAG